AUGAUACCUUCAGAAAAUGAAGAUUAGUUCUCUCCUAAUUCUCAGUUAAUUAUUUUAUUUAUAUUACAGACAUAAACAACAGUAAAAUGACUCUAAUCAAAAGUAAAAAGAUUCCUUUAAAAAAUAAUAUGCAGUUAUUGACUAAUCAUAAAGAGUGUUAUUGUUAAAAAAAAUUUUAUCAAAAGAAUCUACAAUUAAAGAAGCAGCUAAAGAAUUUGGAGUGAAUUUUAGUACUGCCAAAGCAAUUUUAUAAACUUAUAGAAAGGAAGGACGAAUUGGUAAAAAGAAGACAAGAGAGAGAAAUAAAAAGGAGAAAGAUGAACCUGAAUUUAGUGUUUGCAGUUUAAGAAAAGUAUAAUCAAUGUAUGAUCUUGAAAGAGAAGUAUAAAUUCCUUAAAGAAGUUUUUCUCCAGAUUUAAAAGUAUUAAAUUUAAACUAAUAUAGACAUCUGAUAAACUAAUAACAAAAAGUAUUUUAAAAUAGUAAUCCUUAAUGUUGUCAAGAUAAAAAAAUUAAGCAUAGCCAAUUAUUAAUUAAGAAGAAUAAAAUUAAUAAAUUGCAUUAGCAAUUUGUCAAAGGGAAUUAGAAAAACAAAAAUUAGUUAAUAUGCAAUUGGCAUUAAUGAUAUAAGUAAUUUAAUCUAUUGUAAUAUAUAGAAUUAUUAAAUGCGUGGGAUUUAGACCAAAAUAUAAGAAAUAAAGGAAGAAGAUGAUAAAAUUAACUGA